CAGCAGGAGGAGGUGUAGCCACAAAUGGAGCUGCAAAACAGCACGGAGAGCAACUCCACCAACUGCUCGUCCAUAGAUGACUUCCGCAACCAGGUUUACUCCAUAUCCUACAGCAUCAUCACUUUGCUGAGCCUCACUGGGAACGGCUUAGCCCUGGUGGUGCUGAUCAAGACGAACCGCCAGAAUUCCCCCUUCCACGUCUACAUGAUUAACCUGGUUGUGGCUGAUCUGCUGUGUGUGAUGACGCUGCCACUGCGAAUCAUCUACUAUGUCAGAGGGGGCAUCUGGAGCAUGGGGACUUUCCUCUGUACCUUCAGCUCCUAUGCUCUCUAUGUAAACCUCUACUGCAGUAUCUACUUCAUGGUCGCCAUGUCGAUCACGCGUUUCCUGGCAAUUGUCUAUCCUGUGAAGAACCUGCAGCUGAUGACAGUGAACCGUGCUCGCCUGGUGUGUGCUGGCAUCUGGGUGUUUAUCUGUCUUUUAUCGUCUCCCUUCCUCAUGUCAGGUCAAUAUAUAGACACUACCACAAAUACAACCAAGUGCUUCGAUACUCGGCCGGGUGAAAUCGAUGAUAAACUCAAAGUCCUGAACUAUUUGUCUCUGGUGAUAGGCUUCGUCCUGCCAUCACUGGUGAUCCUGCUCUGCUAUGCCGGCAUUAUCAACACCUUAGUGUCUCGCUCCCGACUGUCUCGCACCCUAUCUGCUCAGCAACAGCAGCGGGCCAUGGGCGCAAAAGCCAUUCGAAUGAUUGUCAUCGUCUUGUUGACAUUCACGAUCAGCUACAUGCCUUACCACGUGCUGCGCACUGUCUACCUGUCCCGGGUUCACCCCAACUGCCAGGAGAGGAUUGAAAUGCAGAAGUCUGUCGUGGUGACACUCUGCCUGGCUGCUGCCAACACGUGCUUCGACCCACUGCUGUAUUAUUUCUCUGGAGAGGGUUGUCGCAGCAGCUUUUUCUCCUGUGCUACUCGGUCACAGCCAAAGAAUCUGAGAGAAACCACCCGAAGCCCAACCCAGCCGGUGCCAGUCAAGGCUGCGAACCCACCACCCCCGCUCCCUGUCACCUCCAUCACCAUUGACCCUCCACACCGCACCCGACACCAAGAAUACAUGUUGCUGAGCUAG